UGAACCUUAUAAAGAAAAUUAUGGAAACCCAGCGGGCAACAACUGAUAAAAUUGAUCAGUUGCUAACCAAAAUUGAUCGUCAAGGUGCUGAGUUAAUUUCAUUAAGGAGUGAAGUUUCAUCUAUAAAAGCACGAGUUUGCGGCGAGGCCCAUAAGCCAAAAUUGACGUUGCCAAUGUCUCCAUUAGUUACAUUUGAGGCCUUCGAAGCAUUUGAAGAAAGUAUCAAAGAAGAGCAGUCCUUUAAAAAUUUGGUCAUGGAAUUAGUCGCCAAUUCUGAAAAAACGUAUGAUAAAUUUAUCAGGAGCUCAUGGCGCCUAUUGAUAUCGGAUGACGUAGCAAGACAAUGUUCUUGGCGUGGAACAGAUACGAAAAAGUGUGUUAGAGGCCUUCGAAUCACAUUGGCAAUACGUAAUGCAUUCAAGCAAAAGUUCGCACUUGAAGACAGUGACUUUGACCGCGUUACACAGAAGUUUUUUCAAUACGCGCAGGAAAGACUGGCAAGAUUAGAAAAAUGUAAUUCAAAAAUACCUAAAAUAUAAUGUUCUUGGUGAAUUAGUUAUUAACAUAUUGAUGGUCCUGUGGAUUAACGACACAAUUCAAAAUUCAAAAAAUAAAAACCCUUACUAAUGUUAAGUGACUCAUGUCUCUAAUCCUUGUCGGAUCUAUGUAUAAUCUUUAGUAAUUACUUUAGUAAUCCUUACUGCUUACUUUAGUAAGGGCUGGAAAUGGAUUAGACAAGGAUUAGAGACAAGAGCCACUUAACAAUAGUAACGGUUUUUUGAAUUUUGAAUUGUGUCGUUAUUGCAGAGGAGCAUCGCUAUUUAUACGUAC